UGGGCGAGGCGGGCGUCGCGGGAUCGGUGGCUGCAGCGGCGACGGCAGCGGCGGGGCUCGGGCGGAGAAAAGCCCACGGCAAGUUACCACCUUUGCAGCAUCCCCAUGAUCGUGUGAUCAACAUACAGAUGCUUGGCAACCGAUUCUAAAAUAAAUAAUUCACGAAGACAAGACAAUUAGGCUAAAUAGUGAGACUCAUCAUAGGAUUCCAGUUGCUGCUUACAAGCUUCUACAUGCAAAUCUGGACUUUUGGGGACAUCUUCAUCUAGCCCUUUGUCCUCCUAUCUGAAAUUAUGAUGUGGAAGAUUAUGAGGCAUCCCGUGCAAACCCAGAACACUUUAGUUGGAAGGAAACUUGGAUAAAGAAAAUUGCAUAUGAAAAUUGCACUUACAUGCAUUAUGUGGAUUUUUUUGGAUCCUGACCUCUGCAAGUGUUUGAAAAAAAAUACUCAUAAUUUUGGUGAUCCUGAAAAAAAAUAAUCCUAAAUGCUGUUCUGAUAAAAUGUCAGUCUGGACUGGGCACACAUUUGACUCUUGAUUCAUCGAGGAAAAAAGCUGCAAGUUGCAAGUUUUUUUCCUUGUCUGAUUUUGCUGUCGACCAUUUAAUCUCUUCAUAUUAUUGCUUGCAGCUUAAUAGCUUCGUCACAUUGGCUUUGCUUCCACCGUCAUUCUUGCAACCUCCUGCCUUGCACUCUUUAAUUAAAGUGCCAUUAGGAAAUAUUAAUUCAGAUGUCUUAAGGCUGCUUUCCUCUAUUAAGACAGAUAAUGGAAGUGGCAUCAUACAUUUCUCAAGAAAUAAUCUGGUGCACGUUUUGCUAGCAGAUUCUGCAGUCUGGACAAGAUAUAUAUUCCCAUGGUACAAAAGCGUCAUGUUGCAGCUGCUUCUAUAUAUGAAUCUUAAAUUAUGUGCUUGGAAAACAAUUAAAGGUGGUCCUUAGCCUACUUUGUCUGAGAGUUAUCUAUAUAAUUUUCAAUUUAAUCAAAUAAUCUAAUGAGUACAAAAGUCUUACAACGUCCCAUCAGAUCUGUUGCAGGAUUCUUCUGCAUAAAUAAAACACUUGGAUUGUUUGGAAUUUAUUAAUGGCUUAACAAACUGGCCUUGUUUGUUUGUUUAUUUAUUUUUGAGAUUCUUAAUAUAAAAAACCUAAUAUAAGUAUCUAUUAUUAUUUGGGCAUCUUUUCCACAAUGAGUGUUCUGAAAAAAAUGAUUUUGUUAUUGUAAAGCAACCUUUCAUUUUGGAAUAGAAACCAGUCUAGCUAUUUUAGUUCCCAACUAGGUUAGUCCUUCCAAUUCUUAAAACUACUUGUACCAGUCUACAAUAUUCUUUUAAUAAAUGAAAUGGCAGUUAUUUUAUAUAAGGAAUUGAUAAAAGCUGGUAUAUAAAUGUACUCUAGUUGCAACAUGGUACUUUAGUGCCUAAAUUUAAUGGUAGGCAAAUUGCUUGAAAAUCGAGAAACUGGCAUUGCCUGCAGAAAUGCCUAUUUUUAUGAUUCCACUUCAUCCUUAAAAAAAAUAUCAGAGUACAGGACACAUUUCUGAGUUGAUUUUGUUUUGGCUCUAGUUAAAAAUAAACUUAUGCAUCACAAAUCUUACUUCCUUCACUGCUUUCUCCAGGAUAAUCCUCGUAACAGCUGUUAAAGACGACAAACAAUACAAUUUAAAUACUGAAAUAUAUUUUACUGCUCAAGUAAAAUGGAUCCAUGUUCAAUUGGAAAUCAGCUGCAAGCUAGCAGCGAUUGUCAUAAAGCAUACUUUACCUCUCAAACUGGCUUCAAGACUAAGCAAGAUUUAUCAGCAACUGAUCUGUUACUUCUUCAGCUUAGAACUGGGAUAACUCUUUCAGAGACUCAUACAAUCUGCUUCCAUCAUGCUAAAGUUUACCUUGAUAGGUAUGAAGACUUACAAAAGUCAUGUUGCGAUCCUUUUAAUAUGCACAAAAAACUCUCCAGGAAAAACUUGCAUGCAAUUGACAUAGAUGAUGCAUCUUUUCUAAGUGCCAAGUUUGGACGUCAAUUUAUACCAGGCUGGAAGCUUUGCCCCAAAUGUACACAGAUAAUAAAUGGAAAUGCAGAGGUUGACUCUGAAGACCGUCAACGAAGGAGACUUGAUUCAGACGGACGUACAACUAAAGCCUUGAAGUUUGCUAAUCCAGGACGGCAUACUGGAUAUCCUCCAGAAGCAGCAAACAAAAGAGAAAAGAGAAAGCUACAAACAAAAAAUACAUCCGUUAAUUCAGACAGGCAAUUAAUAGCAGCAAAGAGCAAGGUAUAUGACGGCCAAGGCUUUCUGCUUUACAGCGGGAUAGACCUGUGCGACUGCCUUGAUGAAGACUGCCUUGGGUGUUUCUAUGCCUGCUCCAAGUGUGGCUCCCGCAAGUGUGGACCUGAAUGCCGUUGUGAUCGCAAGUGGCUAUAUGAGCAAAUUGAGAUAGAAGGGGGGGAAAUCAUUCGUAAUAAGCAUGUGAUAUAGCCUGUGCUCUGCAUUUCAUUACUUGAGCCACAGGAAGGUUGUUCAUAAAAUUUAAUUGGUUCAUAGUUCCAGUUAAGAUUCAGUGUUGUGCAAACAAGCAAUAGGGAAGUUCUAUAUUUAUAUCAUCUGUACAGAAGAAAAAUUAGAAGAUUGUCUUAAGUAUUUGUGAAUUUAUUAACAGACAAACUAAUCAGAGUGGCAUUGGCUGAUACUCAUUGUAUGCUUCAUGCAGUACAUUUUUUUCUCCAGAUCAUUAUUGCUGCCCUUUAUAGGAAAUAUUUUGAGUAUUUCCUUGUUCUGGUUUUUCCUGCAGGCACUUUUAAGUACUAGCAGCAUAAGCAGUAUUAGUUGUGGGAAAUGGGUGUUUUGAGAAGGUUGUUGCAUGAUAAACAGAAAACACAGAGGUCAGACUGAGAUUUUCAAGAAGAUGGCAUACUUUUCUGAAGCAGUAAUGUGAAAGUGAUUGACCUUUUUUGCAAACAAGAGUUGCCAUGUAAAGAAGGAAUUAUAUUAUGCCUUCAACAGUAUUUUGCUGCUGGUGGAAAGGAAGUCAGUAAAGCUACAGCCUCAGGCAGUAUUUCUGUUAUGAAUAUCUUGCUUGGAGACUUUAUAACUGAAUCCAUAGAUUGAUGGAGAAUGUGUGGCUGGAAAGUGACAUCCUGUCACCUUACCUUUAAUAAAUACACAAAAUGUAUUUGAUGGAAUUAUACAAGCAUAAGUAUGAUGAGACAUUUAUGGUCUUUCUACAGUAAUAGUUAAUAGGCAAUGCUUGUAAUCUACUCAGAUAAUUACCCCUUGUGCCCCAGGUAAAAUGCAUGUAUACUUAGUCUGAUGCAUAUAGUGCAUGUUAUAGAAAUGUGAGGUUCGGGAUUUAUCAGAAAAUAUAUUGUUUGUACUAGAGAUACUUUUAAAGGCACGUCAAAUAUCUUUAUAUCUUGUUUUUAAAAGCUGACAUUUUUGCUUUUUUAAUAUGCAGAUAUUAAUAAAGAAAUGAUUUUCAUCAAAAGAUGUGUUUUAUUAUUUAUUCUGUUACUAUAUGUGAUUAAAUGUGGCCUAAUUCAGAAAGAGAAGAGGAUAUAAAUAAUUAAGGAAUUGUAUUAUGGUACCGUUAUAUAAAAUUUUGUUGAAUUACUAGAACAUGCAAUUUCUGCAUAUAGUCAUGGCCAAAAAUACUAAAAUUUAAAAUAAGGAUUCCAUCCAGUAUUAUGCAGAGAAUGGGAUUUCCUCUUGUUCUCUUCCUAAUUUUCCAAGUGUGUUUAAAUGAAUUUCUCAAUCCUUUGUCGCAGAUGUUAUAUGAGCAAGAGAGAGAGAGAGAGAGAGAGACAAAGAGGAAGGAAGGAAAUAAAUCCCUCUUAGGUUAAUUAAAUCAAAUUAGAUAUAUUGAAAAUGUUGAAAUCUUGUAUACCAGACUGGAUUUUCCUCACAAUCUUACUCUAUUAAAACUCAAAUGUAUGGUGUUCUACAUGUAAGCUUUCUAUAUAGCAUAUGUUGUUGUGUCCGGUGGUAGACCUAAACUAGUAUCAGUAUAUGGCUAAACUUAAUUGCUUGGAUAUUUUAGGGUUGGAAAUGGUCAAUUUGAUUUUAAUCACUAUUUAAAUCAUGUUUUGAAUCACUAGUAAAAAGGCUUGAUUUAAAUCAAUUUGGUUUAAAUCAUAAUUUUUAAAGAGCAACUGUCAUCUCUGUCCCACAGCAGCUCCUUCUCUGAGCUGCUGUUGACUCACCAACAGUCCCAAUCAACAGUUCCAAUAUUGCAGAAUAUACAGCCUCAUGCUACAUAACUAACCUCCAUUUCAUGCUGAAUGAACUAAAUUAUUAAUGUAUCUUAAAUAGAAAACUAUCUUUAGAUAGAUUUUUACUCCAAAAGCAUUUUAUUAAAAUAAAUUUAAUAAAAAUUAAAAAAAUCUGAUUUAAAUAAAAAAUAUAUUUUUUAAAAAAAUUAAAAAUCGAUUUUUAUCCACCCUGGUUGGAAAUAGAAAAAAAAAUUAUUGUCUAUAUAUUAUUAUUAUUAUGUAUGGAUGUUAUAAUUGAUCUGAUGUCUCUGAUGUUUGGAUUUUAUAUUUUUAGUUUCAUAUUGUAGGCUGGUUGUAUUGGGAAGAAAUGAGAUUAAAAAAUAAAAAUAAAUUUAACUGGGAUCCAGGCACUGGACUCAGUGUUAACUAUUAAAAAUUAACUGAACUAAUGGUAUCUCUUAUGUAUUACUAUUCCUUUACUACUGAAAUGGCUGGUUUUUCUGAAUUCACUGCAACCCAUAAAGAAGUCUUAAGAGUCCACCAUCCAGCUUGCAAUUCUCAUGAACCUGAAUCAGACAACCUUUUAUCCAGUAAUAAGAGUAUCCCAGAAGCCAGAAUAGUGAAGUUCUUUUUUGUAGUGAAAACUAAUCCACAUUGGUGAGGAAAAGUCAUAGGAGCCAUUUGAUGCAUUUGCACUUUUAAUUUAAUAAAUUAAAAAAAUGAGUAUCAUAAGAUUGGAGCUGGUUAAGGAGUAAGAUAUGAAAACAGCUGCUGACUCUGCAGUAUUUGUUUGUUUGUCUGCACUACUAUUAAUCGUUUCAUAGUUCCCAUCACCCAUCUCUUUCCACUUAUGACUGUAUGACUAUAACUUGUUGCUGGCAAUCCUUAUGAUUUAUAUUGAUAUAUUGACCAUCAAUUGUGUUUUAAAUGUUGUACCUUGAUGAACGUAUCUUUUCUUUUAUGUAUACUGAGAGCAUAUGCACCAAGAC